AUUUCUGUACACCACUACACACCUGAUUCAUUCACUGUCCUCUACAUCUAUCUGUUGUCCUUUUUGUCAUUGCAAACAGGGCACACACGAACACACCACCGCCAGUCUUUGUUCUCCAGUCUUUGACCUGACUGCGCCUGUAACCCUCACUCGUCCUUCACCCUCCCAACUCAAACCCAAAUUCAAAACCCUCGUCUGGCUUACAGUAAUCAAUAACACACCUUGAGGCAAUUAAAUGCCCUCUCUUACGUCCCCAGACGUUCCCAACGACCAGCUGGACACUUCUGGUCGAUACUUAUUACCUCCCCUUGACCCUCACUCUCCCGCUCCUCUUACAGACUACGACUAUCCUCAGUCACCCAUCAUGUCUCAAGACAGGCACAUGGGCUCCAUGGCGGCCGCUCUCAGAAUGAAGUUGGAGCAUCUCCCCCAGCUAAACAUGCACAAUCUCAGCCUCCACCAUGCUCAGCAAAAGCGAUUCUCUACAGAACUCAACUCAGCCACCUCGUCGAGAUCAGCAUACUCCUUUGGCUCAAAUCAGUCAGACGACACCGAUGCCACUGACAUGACAGUCACUCCCAACCGCUCACGAGCAAGCACAUUCGAUAAUGCCGAACGUAUCACCUCUCCCUUGAUUCAGACCGUUCAGUGCAAACCACCCUUACGAGUGGUCCUAGGAACCGCCUCGGUAGGCUCCAAACAAUCCCCUCUCGCCAAAAUCACCACCGUCGAAGAUGCAUCCAAGUUUGUCAACUUGUUUCACUCAAGAGGCUACAAUGACAUCGAUACCGCCAGAGCCUACCCAGUGGGUCGUGGUGGCACAUGCGAAAAGCUGUUAGGUGAAGAAGAGUUACGCUUGUCAAAGUGGGCCAACGUCUCCAGCAAGGUCUCCAGUUUCAUGCCUGGUUCUCAUCGAGCAAGGAACAUUGCCUUGAGUAUCGAUCGGUCGUUAGAGGCGCUCAACACCGACCAGGUCGAUGUCAUGUACCUGCAUGCUCCCGAUCGUGCCACUCCUUUUGCCGAGACGGCGGAGGCUAUGAAUAAAGCCUACCUUGAAGGCAAGUUUGAACGCUUUGGUCUGUCCAAUUUCUCCGUCGAAGAGGUUGAGCAGAUGGUUAAAGUCUGCGAGGAUAACGGCUUUGUGAAACCAUCUGUGUACCAAGGCCAAUACAACCCCAUCUGCCGAGGUGGUGAAGAGCGACUGUUCAGUGUCCUCCGCGAUCACAAUAUUGCCUUCUACGCUUAUAGCCCUUCAGCCUGUGGCUUCUUUUCCAACAAAGUCUCGCGAGCGUCGGCCAAGGACAGGAACAGUCGGUGGAACAUUGCCUCCCCACUGGGCGCCAAGUAUGCUGGUGACUAUUUCCAUGAUCCUUUGUUUGCUGCCGCCGAACUUGUCCGACAGCAGGCUCGCAAAUUCGGUAUUUCCGGACACGCUGCAGCCCUCCGCUGGACGACCUGGCACUCCCAACUGGGUGCCGAAUAUGGAGAUGCCGUCAUCAUCGGUGCCUCCAAGCUGUCUCAACUCCAAGAAAACAUGGACAUUCUCGAACAAGGUCCUCUCCCCGAUCAACUUGUUGAUACUCUCAACAAUAUCUGGGAGGACGUCCGCGCGUCCGAGAAAGGUCCCCGAUUUUCCUUUGUCUAAGGUGCACAAUGUACGAUGAUAUCACGGUUGACGUUGACCCGAACGAGAAACGUGGUUGGAACUGUCUGAAGAGAUAUUGAUUCUCGGCGUUGUUUGAAGACGCCGACUGGCGAUGGGGAAAAUUUAUGUCAUCCUCGAUCCCUCUCAAGUGCUGAGGGGAUCCGAAUGCUUGUGUCAUGCUCAAGGAUGAGCGUUUUGUCCAAAAUGGAUCUGCUAUUUCAAUUCAUGUGUUACGAUACCCUUUGAACAUGUAUGUCAUGACCUGGGAAGCAUCAUGGGCCGCCGACGAUCCGGUCGCUGGUAGAUGCAGGAGAUGUUGACAGCCCAUGCAACCCACCCACCAAUUUGAUACCAGAUGACUGAAAUCAAUUCAAUCACUACAAUCG